GGUUUGUAGCAAUAUUGGUGCUAGUGGUGGUACGCGUACGUCAUGCAUUUGUGACUCGCUGAGUGCUAUAUGGAUGUCGAGACACAAGAUCGCCGCACCAUAUGGUAUAAGAGUCUUGGAACCAUUACCAUCAUGAUGGUAAGUUCCCUCACUAAGGCUGCGCCACGCUGGCCGAGUACUUUCGAGAUAACACCCUGUGCGUGCUGUGUGGUGGUGAAUCUGUAACAUUAUCUCCAGUGUAUUGUUUAUUCUCCAUAUUUUUCAACUCAGAUGAUCACAGCUCUUGGUAUUGAUCUCGGGACGUCAAGUUGUUCCGUUGGGGUGUGGAAAAAUGAUCAUGUCGAGAUCAUAGCGAACGAGCACGGGAAUUAUACUACCCCAUGUUGUGUGUCCUUGGUGGACAACAAUUGCUUGAUCGGAGAACAAGCAAAAGGCCAAGCACCUUCUCACCCCCAAAACACUAUCUUCAAUGUCAAGCGUUUCAUCGGGAGGAAAUUUGACCAUCUUGAGGUACAAUCCGUCAUGAAAUACUACCCGUACGACCUGAUCGACAAGGAAGGAAGGCCACAUAUCAGCGUCGAACCUCAUCAAGGACAACAAGAUUUCUCCGCAGAAGAGAUAUCAUCAAUGAUCCUUACCAAAAUGAAGUGUCUGGGAGAAACGGACCUCGGCGCACCAUGUAGAGAUGCUGUCAUUACUGUUCCGGCCUACUUUACCGACGCGCGACGGCGAGCCACUGUGAAUGCAGCGAGACGGGCGGGCCUCAGGGUCCUACGACUACUUAACGACUCUACAGCUGCCAGCGUUGCCUAUACACUCGCCGAUGAUACCAAAGAGGACGUGUACAGAAUCCUUGUUGUUGGUCUUGGAGCAGGCUCACUGGACGUAGCGCUUGUCGAGAUUGAUGAAGGAGUUGUAGAAGUUGUUACUGUGGCGGGAGACUGUCACUUGGGUGGCGAAGACUUCGAUGAUCGUCUUGUCUUCCAUUUUGUCCAAGAGUUUUGGGGCCAGCAUAACAAAGGAAAGGAACCUGUGUCUGACCCUCGUGCUCUUUGGCGUCUACGUGCAGAAUGCGAGCGUGCUAAACGGACACUUAGCUCCGCUACCCGAGCUGACAUUGCUGUCGAAUACCUUCAUGACGGGAUCGAUUUCUAUUCAUCAAUCACACGUGUCGAGUUCGAGGCCCUGUGCGGCGAUCUUUUCGAUCGAGUGAUUGAUCAGGUCAAAAAGGUGCUCCGAAACCUGGAUUCAACGCCCGUGACUGAAAUCAUCUUAUUUGGUGGAUCAACUCACAUUCCCUGCAUACGAACUAUGAUAUCUGAGAUAUUUGACGGCAAAUUGCCUAUCAAAAGACUUCAUCCUGAGGCCCCCGCAAUUGGCGCUGCCGUCAUGGCUGCCAUCCUUAGCGGACUCGAAGAACUUUCGCCAAGACUCGACAAAAUUCUAGUCCUAGAUGUCGCGUCGUUGUCUCUGGGUAUCCAGACCGCUGGUGGAGUCAUGACGCGUUUCAUCGCUAGCUCUGUCACUAUUCCUACUAAGAAGUCGGAGGAAUUUACGACUUAUGCAGAUAACCAGUCGACACUCAUCUUCCGUGUAUUCGAAGGGGAUAAAGAGCAGGCGAAAGACAACAAUCUCCUUGGCAUUUUCGAGCUUUCCGACAUUCCACCUGCUCCUCGCGGGGUUCCUCGAAUUGAAGUCACAUUUGAUAUUGAUGCAAAUAACAUUCUUAUCGUGACUGCCUACGAUCAGAAUACAGGAAAAAUGAAAAUGUUGACCGUUAGCGAGCGUGUGGGAACAUUCGAUCACUCUUCCGAAGUCGAGAGAAUGGUAUUCGAGCGAAAAAAAACACUCAAGUGGUAUACAUCAAAUAUUCGCUCAUUGAUCUCCGAAGACAAGCUUCCCAGGACCUUGAAAGCUUCUGAAAAAGCAAGUCUGGAGUCGGUUGUUAAGCAAGCAGAAGAAAUCCUGGAUACGACUGACAAAGAGAGUCCCGAUGUUGAGCGAUAUCUGAAGAUGCAAAAGAUUUUGGAGACGGCUUCUUCAUCCGUCUUGCGCAAGCAUGCGCAUUCAAGAGGUGUUGUACAAGCGAUUAGAGGGGGCUAG